AUGAGCGUCGACUUGUUCAGCGUUUUCGCUCUUCCCCAGGUCUAUAAUGGAGACGAUACUGCUUCCAACCAUGCCGUGUAUUCGAUUGUCGCAUCCCCGGUCGCUGCCGCGGAAGAAGUUGUCGCUUCUACUGGCGUCGCGAUCCUUGCGAAGGCCAAUACUCCCGUGCACCUCCACCGCGCAGCCGGGGUCCGGCGGAGCGGCAGGUUCAUCGCCAUCGACGCCGUCAGGCACCAGAUGUACAAGACAAAGGAGGGCGAGGUCGAGGGCCCCGUCAUCUCGCAAGCCGCGUCGGAAUUCCAGGCACACUACGGUGUGUCCGACGAGUACCGCAGAAGCUCCAGCGUCCUCAGCGAGGCCCCCACCGACGCGAUGGAUGUCGAUCCCACGGCUCCAUCUAAAGGCCUAGCGAUGAAGGGCGAAGCAAAGCUCACGAUUCCGGAUUCUGUCGGCGACUGCGAAGUUGAUAAACAUGUCGCCGGCUUCACCCCGGACUCCAUGGAUGUCGAGGCCCGCUCCCGUCCGGCCCCUGCUCCGCCCGAGCUCUUGGAGGAGGACCAGUCGCACGUGUUCGAGCGGUGGCAACAGCGGCGGCUCCGCGGGUCGGAGCAGUGGGAACGCGCGAACCUCCCCGUCCGGCGGCCAAGCUUGCCAGCGGUGAGCGCGUUGGACGGCCUCCCGAGCUCCGCCAUCGGAAGGACGGGCGGUUGGCUCGUCGACGCCCGCGCCAUCACCGAGCAAUGCGAUUUCUACCCCGUCUUCGCCGCCGCAGGCCGAAGCGUCUUUAUCCUCGGGCCUUCGUCGAACGAGGGGCACCCGCCCUCGCCCCCUGCAGUGCUCGCCGCUGCCGCGGGUUCUUCCUCCCCUCUUCCUCAUUCUCCCAAUGAACCAUCACCAACAAUCCGCGGGAGGCGUUCCAGAACCCCGCCGCGCAAGCCGCACUCGGACUCGUCGCCGCCGUUGCUAUUGACGUCCAACUCCGAGCCGAUCCGGCGUGUGAUCGAGGACAUGCGCAAGCAGCGGAUGAGCCUCUGCCAGAGCUUCUGUGCUCGUCGCGCGAUCACCGGGGCUCUUUAA